AUGAUUGUGAAUGCACCUGUUGUUACUCCUGUUUCCUUUGAAACUGAUCCGGUGAGUGUUGAUCCAAUCUUUAUUGGAAGAGAUGAUGAUGUGCCUAAACUGGUUCACAUGCUCACCCAAACCCACCAAGAGGAAGAGAAACGGAUGUUUUCCAUCGUUGCUCUGGUUGGAAUGGGGGGUGGUGAUGAAUGUCAAAGUAAGGAAGCUAUCCUGAGAAAGCUAAAAGAUGCUCUCAAGGAGAAAACAUACUUUCUUGUUCUUGAUGAUGUAUGGAAUGAAGAUAUUAAGGAAUGGGAAGGCUUUAUGAACUCCAUGUCAGGAGUUACUUCUACCAUGGGAAAUGGCAUUAUCAUCACUACCAGGAGCCAAAAUGUUGCUUCAAUUGUGACCCCACUUGAAUACACUUUAAGUGGCUUAUCAGACGAUGAAUGUUGGUCCAUAAUCAAAGAAAAAGCUUUCGAUGCAAAUGGUGAAGUUCCACCGGAGUUUGAGAUGAUUGGAAAAGAGAUUGCGAAAAGAUGUCAGGGUUUGCCUUUAGCUGCCAAUGUAGUCGGGGGUGUGCUUCGCCAUAAGUCCGAAGAAGAGUGGCGUUUGAUCAAUGAAAAAGGCCUUUCAAAUGGUGAGGGUGCUGAAAAUAUCAAAGAGAUACUGAAAUUGAGCUUUGAUUAUCUGUCUCCACCACCACUCAAAAGGUGUUUCGCGUAUUGUUCGGUUUUCCCCAAAGGCAAGGAAAUCGUGAAGCAGGAUCUGAUUGAACUGUGGAUGGGAGAAGAGUUUCUUCAACUGAACAAAGAAGAUGAUAUGGAGUCUCUGGGCAACAUGUUCUUUAAUGUUCUUAUACAAAACUCUUUGCUACAAGUUGCAAAGGGAGAUUAUUUAGGAGAUGUGGUAAGUUAUGUGAUGCAUGAUCUUGUGCAUGACCUUGCAUCCUCUGUUUUAUCUAAUAGGACACCAAUUCGAUACAUGUAUCUCAAAAAAGGAUCAAGUCCUAUUCCAAAAGAAGUGGCAAAGCAUUUGCGUACAUUAAUCUUUGAAGGUGACCCUUCCCAUACCAAGUUCUCAAACUUCAAAAGUCUGCGUAAUCUAACACUUACCAGUUAUGAUUGUAAAGAGUUGCCCAAUUCAAUUCGGGAGUUGAUACAUUUGAGAAAAUUGGAUAUUUUGUGUACAUCAAUCGAAAACUUGCCGGGGUGGAUCGGUGAACUCCAUCACUUGCAAACAUUAAGUGUGGGCAAUGGUGGGAAAAAACUGCCAAACACAUUGACAUACUUGAUUAAUUUAAGACGUCUUUAUGUGGAUAGUGACAAGUUGCCUGUAAAGAUUGGGAGAUUAACUAGUCUCCAAACACUACCAGAGUUUUCAGUGGGCAAUGAGAAGGGAUAUUGGAUUGAAGAGCUCAGAAGUUUGAAGAAUCUCAAGAAAAGUCUAAAGAUUCAACAUCUUGAAAGAGUGUGUGACGAGAAAGAGGUAAUGAAAGCAAAUAUGUUGGAGAAACCAAACCUGCAUGAAUUGGUGCUUCAAUGGGAUGAGGUUGAUUUCAGCGAAAGAAAUGAUGAGAGUGUGUUGGAAGGUCUUAGACCUCAUGCAAAUUUGAAGAAGUUGACCAUUGAUGGAUACAGAGGAAAAAGAUUUCCAACAUGGUUACAGGGUGAAGGCUCUAUCUUACCACUUCAUAACUUGAUUAAGUUAAAUCUCACUGGAUGCUCGGAAUGCGAGGAAAUAACAUUGUACCAUUUGCCAAAUUUAAGAUCGUUCUUUAUAAGGGAAUUAAAGAGUUUGAAAUGUUUGCCAAAGAGGUUUUUCUAUAACCAUUGCAAUCUCUCAUACUUGGACAUUUAUGAUUGUGAUAUGUUGGAAGCAUUACCAGAUGGGCUGGAUACCUUGAAUUCUUUGGAGGUGUUGAGUAUAGAAAGGUGUAAAAAUCUGAAGUCGAUAGGGAAUCCAAGCUGCGGAGGAGAAGGAGAAAAUCAAGGAAACCUCCGCGAGCUGAGCAUUAGAGACUGCGGAGAACUGAUGGAAUUGCCCCGUCAAAUGCUAGAGUUGUGGGCACCUACAAUUGAGGUUCUUGAAUUGGAAGGAUUAAGGAGCCUAACAAAUCUACCAAUGCUAAUUGACUGCCUCGCUAAAUCAUCUCAUCUGAGAACUUUGGAAAUCAGAGGCAUUCCUAAAUUGAUGUCUGCUGGUAGUGUCGAGAGUUGGGAUUUAGGUAGCUUGAAGUGGUUAGAGAUAGAUGUGCAUGAGGAGUGGCCAAAAGAGACAAGUGUUGCCAUUAAUGAGACUGUGAAUGGCAUAUUGGAAGGCUGUUGCAACUCACUUGAGAGAUUAACAUUGAGAAGGGUGGACAUUUGGGAGUGGCUGCCUCAAUCAAUUAACCGUCUCACUUCUCUUUGGGAUUUAAAGUUAGAGAAUAUAGGGAUAGAAGAAUUGAGAGUGGAAAAUUGGGAGUGGCUGCCUCAAUCAAUUCAACGUCUCACUUCUCUUUCUUGGUUGAAGUUAGAAAAUAUAGGGAUAGAAGAAUUGCCGCAAUGGUUGGGAAACCUCUCAGCUCUAGAGACGUUACGUCUAGAUGGCUGCACAAAGUUGAGGUGCCUGCCCUCUAUGGAUGCUUUGAAGCACCUCACUAAAUUUGGGUGGUUAUAUAUUAAUAACUGUCCAAAGCUAAGUAUUGAUUCGGAGUGGCGCAACCACCAUCCCAAGCUCAUAAUCAGGUGA